AUGGCAAUCUCAGAAGCAAAGAACAUGAAAGUCAAUAGCCCGGGCCAAGUCGCAAUGUCUGAAAGGAAAUCAUCACUCCGUGAGCGGAUUAUGAAGCCAAUUUCCCGGACCAAGAACUCUAUGGGGCGGAUGAACUUGCCUGGUAUGGAUUAUGUUCAUCGAGGACAUACUCGCCAGACGAACACGAUAUGGAAGGCCAAGGCGGUGGUUGAUAGAUUGGUGGAAGAGACUGAUGGCCCCAAGUCCCCUUAUCGGCAAUACGCACGUACGCCCAAGAUACUGCGCAAUAAAAGGGGCUGGAUAUUGUGGAAACGGUCCAAGCCGCCGAUAACUCUACCAUGCACGGGAGAAACUCCAACCCAAGCGCCAAGCAAGCAUACGCACCCCGAUGGGCCACUGGAUGACCAGAGAACAGUUUGGAAACCAAGAAUUGCUGCGUUCGAGAACAUCAGUGAUAUGGUGUUGCCAGGUCCGAAAUUCCCACAGAUCUGGAAGAGGUCCAGCUGCGAUCUGGAGGAGGAGCUCCGCGAGGCUGUAGGCUCGUCUCUGGCACCCUCGUGCUGGUCCCUCCUAGAGCUACCAUCUAGCAGCGCCAACGAUCUUUUGGAUAUGAAAGGCUACAUGACAGAUCCAUCUCCGCAACCGGAAGACUUGGUGAAAAACUCGGAUCUGUCCUCCCGGAGCAGCGUCAGAACUUCACGUCCAAGCCCUGUAACAGGCUCUUAUCUUCAUCUCCGCGGGAGAGGUGGUAAAGGUGUUGGUCUUCUUGGUCAUCUCUUCGGACUGAGAAUGCCAAAAGGAGAUCCGGAGGAGAGAAAGUUCAUGGAUGAAAAAAUUGGUUUUGUGGAUUGGUACAUUGUUGGAGGCCCUGCUCGAGGGAUGACUUGGAGAGAGUUUGCCGAGCUCAAUAGAAAACGGGUGGAGAAGACAAAUGAGAUUGAGAGGAAGAAGAAACAAGCGAGGGAGGCGGCGAAGAAAGCAAAGGCGGAGAAGAAGUAG